AUGGCCGUCGAAAAGCGCCGCGCUCUUCUGACGAGUCUGUUCCCAUCAGAGGCCGUGUACCUCGUCAGUGUGUUCAACUCGAAAAGAGUCAUUUCCACGGCUCAGCUGGGAAGUCUCAAAGCACCCGUCAAUGUAGAUACCGGCGGCUCUCGACGGCUGAGGCUGUUCAUGCCCGCCGAUGGGCCGAAUAUCAACCUGUGCAAAACCACCAUGUCUGCUGUGGCGCUUGGCUACCCCAUGCCCACCCUCCUCAACUGGAACGGGGAGUUCAACAGGCCCGACUGGCACUUUGCAGGCUCGCACAUUGCCAAGUUGGAGUCUCUGCUCGCUGUCAUUGACGCCCUCUACGAGGAAGACGACGGCGUGAACGAGAACGACCUGGUCCUCCUCGUCGAUGCGUACGACGUUUGGUUUCAGCUCCCUCCGUCAGUUCUCAUCGAACGUUUCCACCGCCUCAACCGCCACGCAGACGCCCGCGUGGAGAAACAGUGGGAAGAGCAUGGCUUCAAAGAGGAUUUCCCCAUCCCGCCUCCCAAACAGAACAUCAUCGUCACCACCGCGAAAGACUGCCAACCAGACUGGGAAUCAGGGUCUAGCCCCCGGUAUGAGUAUUGGCCGGAUUCUCCCUUGCCCGCGGAUUUCUACGGCGAGGGUACAGACGAGAUCCUCCCGUACGUAUUCGACUCCGCGAGGAAGUACAAAAAGAUCCGGCCGCGAUGCAUCAACAGCGGCAUGAUCAUGGGAAAAAUCGGCGCCUUGAGAGGAGCACUGCAAAGCGCCAAGAAAAAGGUUGAAAAGGCUGCCAUGGACGGUCGGCAGCUAUGGAGUGACCAGGCCCUCUUCGCCGAAGUCAUUGGAGACCGGGAGAUGUGGCGGUCCUGGAUGAGAGGUCUAGCUUCGACGUGGAACGGAACCGCGUCCCACGACCAGCCGAGAGAUAUGCCACCUCAUGUCCGGGACAUCGCGAACAGUGCACUGGAGGGGAAGAAGUUUGAGUUCGGUAUUGGGCUAGACUAUGAGUUUGCCACGAUCCCACCAACAUGCUCCUCGGAAGACGAUGGCUUCUUCGUCAGGCUCGACGACACCGCGAUGGUGAAAAAAGAGUCGGAAAAGGCGGGCGUGACCGGCGGCGUCAGAGUCAAGGGCAUCCCGCCAGAACUGAAAGACGCCGAAGGACCGCUGCCAGGACUCGGCUCGAGUUGGGGAAAGGUGCCUCUGUACACCGACUUCUUCUUCGGCACCACGCCCGUUGGAAUUCAUCACAACGCCUACGUCUUUGGUCUCAAACCGUGGAGGCUAGAACAUUGGUGGAACAUGACUUGGUAUUAUCCUCAUCUUCGACAGCUCGUCACGAAAGCGCUGCGCUCCAAUAGCAAGCUCACACCGUUGACAAGGCUGCCGCUGCGAGAAGACGACGUGAAUGAGAUGGUAUACUGGGCUUCAGACAAUGACGAAAAGACGGCCAAGGUUUUUGACGGAUCGAACCAGACGCAUGCGUCAAUCAGCUGGGACGGCUUAUGCCAGAAGGGAGACACCAAAUGGCAUGACGUUCUCUUUGGGGAUCAUGAUGGGCCGUUGGUUAUUUGA